AUGGCGGAGACGAAUCUCGCCGCCGGGGCCGCUGGCGGCGCCACCUUCUCCUUGCUAUCCGAUGACGUCGUGCUAAACAUCUUCAUGAAACUGGAGGGCGAUCCGCGCGACUGGGGGCGCAUCGCCUGCGUCUCCACUCGCUUCUCCGCCCUCGUCAACGACUGCUGCUACCGCCUCAAGUGCUCCCGAUGCAUCCCUUCCCUCGUCUCCGAUCUCUUCUCCACUUUCCCGUCCUCCGGUCAAGCCGCCCCUCUCGCCUCCUCUGUAGUCGCCGGCGCCCUUGCGCCUCCUGGCGGCUGGUCCGCCCUUCACAAGCUCUCUAUCUGCUGCCCGGGCCUCCUCCAUGCCGGAGUUCUCCUCGAGAACUCUGACUUCGGCCUCGAGCGCGAGAUCGGCCCCGACGAGAACUACCGCCAGGUCCGAGCCCGCGCCUGCGACUCGCCACCGCCGCCGUCGUCUUCCUCUCCUUCCUCCUCUGCCUCUUCUGCCGACUGCAGCUGGUCGCUCUUCGACGACCUCUACUUCGAUGCAAUGUGCGACGCGUCCGAGGCACCGGCGGCCCCCUCGCCGGCGGUCGCAGAACCGGACGUCGGCGGCGGCGGCGAGGACACCAGAAGGGAGCGGAAGAAGGCGCGAUGUGAGCGUUCCCACGUCUCCUCCGGCGGCGCCUGGAGCCUAACCCGGGAGCAGGGCAACAAGCUCCUCGCCGGCCGCUUCCGGGAGGACUCUCUCUACAUCUGCAACUGGCCCGGCUGCGUCCACGAGGAGGAGAAGCGCAAGUACAUGCUCUUCCAGGGAUUCUUCAAGGACUUCAAGCGGUCUCGGGUCUGGAGGACGAUCAACGACGGGCACCGGAGCAAGAUCGCCCUCAACUGCGCUUUCUGCUCAUGCCGGGGGACAUGGGACCUUCACUCGGCCUUCUGUCUGCGGCGAGUCUUCGGUUUCCACGACGACGGCGACCCCGUCGUCAGGGCCUUCGUCUGCGAGAACGGGCAUGUCUCCGGAGCGUGGACUGAGCAGCCAUCGAACACCUGA